UGGAUGAGUCUGGCGACUGGUUGAGUUGCUGCAAGUGGAGGAAGAGGUGGAGCAGGCCUGAGCUUCUCAGCAUGGUGGCCAAAAGAAAAUUGUCCAAGUCAGCCGAUGACCGUGAUGAGGCCAAUGCCAAAGACAUAUCAAGAGCAAAGAAGAGCAAGAUCGGUGUGAGGAAGCGAACUACAUCUGCUCAUGAAGGAGAGGUGGACGAUGAUACAGUGUUUGUACAGUCGCUAAAAUCUGCUGGAGUGAUUCUGAAAUAUGGAAACCAACCAAAUAAACUAACUUUGGACCAAGCAGUUUUUCAAAAGAAACUUUAUCAAGCUUUACGGAAACAUCCACGUUAUCCUAACGUCAUGCAAGAGUUUAUAAGUGGUUUGGAGGCGCACAUCGAGGAUAGGGACAAGUUCAGAAACUGCCUCUUACCCUGUGGGCAAUCCCAAGAGGGUGAAUCAAGUAACAAUGUGAACUAUCAGGAAAGUCUCCUGAAGCUGCUUCUCGGGAUCGAAAUUCUCCAGUCUCCUGUUAUGAACACAUUAUUUGAAAAAAUUCCUGAAUUUAUGUAUGAUGGUGUUCCAGAGGAUGGGAUUAACAUGCCACGCCUCAUCAUCCAUCAGUUUAAAUGGUUGGACAGGAUCAUAGAUAGUAAGGAUUUAACUAGUAAGAUCAUGCAGCUGAUUAGUGUGGCACCUCUUGAAAUCCAGCGGGAUAUCAUCACAAGCUUGCCAGAAAUUCUGGAAGACGCUCAACACAAUGAAAUUGCCAAAGAGCUUAAUUCACUGUUGCAGCAGAACACUCAGUUGACGGUGCCCAUCCUGGAUGCUCUCUCCAGCCUUAAUCUAUGCGCUGAGCUAUUGGUAGAGGUGCGUCACUCUGUUAUGUCAACAUUGUCUGCAGUGAAACUUGACGAUCUCCCGGUAGUUGUCAAGUUCAUUCUUCAUUCCAUCACAGCAGCAGAUGCUGUAGAGGUGAUUACAGAACUGCGUAAGAAUCUAGAAUUGGAGUCAUGUGUGCUUCCUUCACAACUGCCAGCUAACUGGGACAAGCAGAAGCAGAAGAACGCGAUGGGGGCUUCAGUGAAUCAGGAGAACAGCGGUCACGACUGCGUUGCGAUUAUGUUCGAUGUUAUCAAAGCUGCUGUACGGUUUCAAAAAGCAACAGCUGAAGCCUGGAUUAAGGCUAUUGAAAUUGUAGAUUCUGCUGCUGAGCACAAGGUUAUAGAUCUGUUGGUCCUCCUGAUCCUCCACACAGCCAGCACAAGCAACAGCAAGAAACAAGUGGAGAAACUGCUUCGUAGCAAAAUCCGCCUUGGCUAUGUUGGGGAUCAGCUUUUGCAGGUUGCUUUCAGGAGUCAUGCUCUGGUUGUCCGUGAGUACUUUCCCUCUGUGCUGUCCUUGGCUCAGACCCUUUUGAGAUCCCCAGAUGUGAGUGUGGUGUCGUUUGGCAGUCAGAUGUAUAAAUAUGCCUUUAUGAUAUUUGACUCCUACUGUCAACAGGAAGUUGUUGGUGCGCUGGUGACUCACGUUUGUAGUGGUUUCACUGCAGAAGUGGAUAUCUCACUCGAUGUGCUUAUAGACCUGGUCUCCCAGAAUUCGUCUGCAAUGGCUGUCUAUGCUAUAUUUGUGAAGGGUAUCUUGGAUUACAUGGACAACUUGUCUCCCCAGCAGAUAAGGAAGCUGUUUUUUGUCCUGAGCACAUUGGCUUUUAGUAGAGGCCAGGAUGGCAGCCACAUUCAGGAUGACAUGCACAUUGUUAUCAGAAAACAGCUGUCGAGUACGAUAUCCAAAUACAAACGCAUUGGAAUCAUUGGGGCAGUCAUGAUGGUGGGCUGCAUGGCUUAUGACAGUAGUAAAUUUGAACCCUCAUCAUCCCAUUUGCCAUCCAUGAGCAAGGAAUCAUUCAGACAGGCCACAGCCCUGCUUGAACUGGUGCGCACUUGCAGUGAACAUUCUCCAGAAGCUGCUGCCCUCUACUAUGAUGAAUUGGCUAACUUGGUACAGAAAGGAAACCUGGAUCCACAAGUGCAGGAAUUGAUUGGAAGAAGUGUACUUGAUGAUUUUCAAGAGGAUUUUGUUGUAGAUCUGCUACCAGAAGCGGAUAGUAAACAUCUGUUGCCACUGAAGUCCAUGUUUAACUUGGAUGAAGAGGACUCUGAAGGUGGGAUUGUUAUCAAUCUUCUACCACUGCUAUCCAAUAGCAUGACUAGCACUGGUUUUGAAAAUGCAGCUGGCAAACAAAGGGUCAAGAAGUGUAUUUCUCCAGUGAGUCUUGCUUCCUUUUUCCGCCUACUGAGAUUCUGUGAAGAGGUGCAGCACAAUGGAAACUUGGAGGAGAUUGACGCUUUAUUAGGUUGCCCACUUUACAUGACCAACCUGGAACUGGUGGAGAAGGUGGAGUCACUAUCCAAACAGGAGCGGGAACUUCUAUGCUCACUGCUGUUUCACACCCUCAAUUGGUUCAGAGAGGUAGUGAAUGCAUUCUGUAAACAGCAGGAUACUGAGAUGAAGGGAAAGGUACUCCUCCGGUUGCAGAACAUUACACAUUUGCAGGUGUUAUUGGAGAAGUGCAUAGCAGCAACACCUGGAUAUGUCCCCCCACUGGCAAACUUUGAUUUGGAGAUCACUGAGGUUCCUCUGAACGUAGCUCCUGCAGCACCAGCUAAGAAAGGAAAGAAAGAUCAAAAGAGUAAGAAGAAGCAGAAAUCUGAGGGUAACAAGAAUUCCUCUACAGACAGUUCUCAGACUGAGGAUCCUGCAGAAGAAAGUCAAGUGCAAUCUGAGAGUACACAAGGGAAGGAAAACACUGAAGAAGGGAAGGUCUUUGUUAAUUUGCCUAAUUACAGAGCCUACUUUAGAGAGCUGGAUACAGAUGUGUUUUUUGUCCUACAAUGUGGUCUGGUAACCAAAUCCCUACUGGACACUGAGCUACACACCAAGGCUACUGAAGUUGUACAGCUGGGGUCAGCAGAACUAGUAUUUCUUUUGGAGGACCUAUCUCGUAAAUUGGAUUACAUGUUGGUGGCAAAUGCUACUAAGAAAAUGCUCUUCUUAAAGGUUAAAGGGGAUCGAGAUGUCGGAUUUUCGCAUUUGCGCCAAAUGACUUCUCAAGCACUUGCUCAAUUUGCUGUAGAGUUGCUCAAUCCCUUAUGUAACCAUUUGGAAAAUGCUCACAAUUACUUUCAGGUGAUGAUAGCUGAGAACAAUGGUGUGGUGGAUGUUCUAGGAGCAGAUGUAAAAGAACAUCAGCGGAUGGCUGCAUGCUAUCAGUUAUUACUUCAGGUCUUGAACACACUCUUUGCUUGGUGUGGAUUUGCUCAGCAUGGAAACCGUAAAUUACUGAAAUUAGCCCUUGGUGUCCUGGCAAACAGACUUAAAACAGGAGAUGGUGAAUUUGAACUGGAAGAGCUCGUCAGGCAGACUUUUCGGUACCUGCAGAAUUUCCAUAGCAGCAUUCCUUGCUGCGCCCCAGCGGUGACCCUUACCCAGCUUCUUAUUGUCAUAGCAGAGAAAUCUCUAGAUAACCAGUACAAGGAGAAAAUAGCAUCAAUAGCACGAGGUUUCUUGUGCCAAUCUUGGGUUCUGCCCAGUGGGGAAAAAGAGAAAGGCAAUAAAUACAAUGAAGCUCUGGAAAUUCUCCUAUGUAUUUACCUGAAGCAUGCAGACGACGUGUUGAAAUCUGUGGAGGAAAUUGCUGGUGUGGGCAUUCCUGAGCUGUUGAAUUCGACCAAAGACGGAAGCUCAAAUACAUUUCCAACACUGUCCAGGCAAACGUUCUUGGUCUUCUACCGGGUGAUGAUGAGGGAAUUGGACAAGUCGGUAAAGAGCAUUCCAGCUGGCAUGCAGUCUGAUUCCACUGAGGUACAAAUAGAGAAGCUGCUGCGAUGGAAUGUAGCUGUGCGGGAUUUCCAUAUCCUAGUAAAUCUCGUAAAGGUGUUUGACAGCAGGCCUGUCUUGGGUGUUUGUCUCAAGCAUGGACGCCUUUUCAUUGAAUCUUUUCUUAAGCAAGGCAUGCCACUCCUUGACUACAGCUUCAAGAAACACAGGGAGGAUGUUCAGAGUUUGUUGAAAACCCUACAGCUGAGCACUCGUCAGCUGCACCAUAUGUGUGGACAUACCAAGCUCAACCAGGACACUAAUCUGACCAAUCAUGUCCCUUUAUUGAAGAAGCUGUUGGAAUUAUUUGUGUAUCGAGUAAAAGCAAUGUUAACCAUCAACAAGUGCCAAGAGGCAUUUUGGCUAGGAAACCUCAAAAACAGAGACCUGCAAGGGGAAGAGAUCUUGUCCCAGGCAUCCCAACAGGAGAGUGGGGGUGAUGAAGAAUCAGAGUUACCUGAAGAUGAUGCAGAAGAGGAGAUUGAGGAGGAGUUGGAUGGUUGUGAAUCCGAUACAAGGAAAGCCACAAGGGAUGAUGAAGAUAGUACUGAAUGCUCUGACAGCGAUUAGGUCAGUAUUGGUGGCUCAUCAAGCGUUCCAGAUUGAGACUAAGGAGUAGUCAACAGUAUCUUCGAUUUCUGUAAUGCAAUUCAUGAUCUCCAUGUAAAUAUACCAAAAAAGUCUGGUGACGCCCAGGAAAGAGAAUUUGCCAAACCACUUAAGUAGAAAACGAGUCAACGUGGCGAACUAAUAUAAUUGUAAAAUAAUAUAAUGCAGUAUGAAAGGGGCUGCAAUUCCUAUAGUACAUUUUUAUGUUUAUAAUGCUAUAUUGCUGUUUUCUCCACAUACUGGUAAUUAUAAUUUUUUUUCUUAUACCUCUGUUUAAAGCAUUUUACAUUUUUUUAAAUACUGGUGCCAUCAAUUUCAUGUUUGAAAAUUAAAUUUAACAACACAGUCCUUUGGAGCACUGUGACAAAAUGAGCAGAGCACAGGCCAUGGGGAACAGAGUGCCAGUGCACUUUGCUUUGGGGAGCACAGCACCAUGAAUUGGUAAAGUAUGUAUUCCAGUCCACCAUUCUUCAUACUGAUCUCUCAACUCUCUUAUUAUGGACAAUAGCCAAUGAAUGCCAGGCAUUCCCACAAAGGAAAUAAUAAUUGAAAGGAAAGUCAACCCUGCUUCUUUGUUCACAUACCACUUACCAAUUGUUCCCUUCAGGGAGAGAGCAGGUUUCUUGCCUAUCCUUUCUAACAUGGAUGGUGAGCCAGUAUCAUUGAAAUAAACCUGAUUUAAUCAGUGAACUCACUAACUUGCCAUCUCCCAGCAUCUCCUAAAACAGCAUUAUUUUACAAAAUUGAUAAUUCAUCUCAGUUUGUGACAUAUGGAGCUGCUGCUGAUUUGUCUCAGCCAGAGCACCUUACUUAGCACUAAUGCCCAAUGGCUUUGAACUGUGGAAUGAGCAGUCGAAGGCAUUAGCAUUAGGUGGCUGUUUUGUGACCUAAAUAGCACACUUCAUAUUAACUUAUACCACUUGUGACCUGACCUCAUGCCAUAUAAGAUAGAUGAACACAAACCUGUAGACUUUUAGGCUGAGCUACUCGUGAAAUGUUUUCUGCACCCUGACCUGGAUUGUUAAUUAUAUGAAGUAAUAUCAUAGAAUUUUAUACAAGGUGUAGCCAUUCUUACUUAAAGUUUACAAAAAAAAAAGGUCUUGGGAGACUCGGGGUGAUUUAAGUACAAACAGGGUGUGUCUUGCGUCCCUUAAUUUUCUACUCUUAAUUUAAAGUCAGUUAAUUUCAAAUUAUUUGAUUUAAUUCAAAAUUUUGGCACAAAAUUCCACUUAGUUGUGUUAUUUACAAUGCUUAAUUCAAAGUUAUCGGAUAAUUAGCAUUUUCUUAGCACACAAACAAUUGGUAUCAGUAGACUAAGGAUACAUGUCUUUGAUGAAGUCACAUUGCUGCCAUCUCAUCACCAGAUAGUGUAUCUGAUUUUGCUGUUGAGAGUUACUUUCCUAGAAUUUAAAACAUUCAUUUAAUUUGAAUUGGAGAUCAGAGGUCAGAUUAGGCAGGCAUAUUUCAGGGAGGAUAUUUAAGGGAGUUGAAGUACAUUUUUUAAGAUGAAGGAUUCCAAUGUAGUACAUUGGAGCUGCAUUGCAUGCCAAUGCAAUGUUGUCCUUGGGAUUAGGAUUGACUAUGCACCUAGAUGUCAAAUUUCACAGCACUGCCCUCUGUACUUCAUCAGGAUGUGCCACUGUCAUACAGAACAAUUACUUUUGAUAGAUAAGGUCCUGCAGUCCCUUUUAUGAUGUGCAACAAGGUGUCUUUGCUUCUGAUUGUAUGGGCUUUACAAUUGUAAACUAAUUCUUUUGUUAACAAGUUAUGCUGCUAUAUAAAAAUUAAUAAAAGUUAUAAUUUAA